AUGGCGGACUCUACGGCGGCGGCGGCGCCCAUGACCAUCGACUUCCUCCGGGCGCGGCUGCUCUCGGAGCGGUCCGUCUCCCGCGCCUCCAAGGAGCGCGCCGACCAGCUCGCCGCCAGGGUCGCGGAGCUGGAAGAGCAGGUCCGGGCGGUGACAGCGCAGAGGCGGCAAGCGGAGCAGGAGGCCGCCGAGGUGCUAGCCAUUCUGGAAUCAAAAGGUUUCUGCGGCAGCCUCACCGACGCGGGCUCCGACAACGACGACGGCACCAGCGAGGAAGCACGCCCACGCGACGCCGAGACCACCGGCGGCGACGCGGCCCGCUCCAACGCCGAGGAGGAGCAGGACGAGGAGCCGGCGGCGGCGGCAAAGAGCGAAGCAGAUGACGACGCUACGUCCGGGACGGUUGCAGGCGGGCUGUCGUGGAAAGGGCGCAGCGUGAGCCCGCGGAAGGCCAGGCAGCUCAGGCAGCGGCACCGGCGGAGCUACGCCUACCUCCUCGCCGCCGAGGACCCCUCGCCCAAGUACCGGAUGGGCCAGUCCUGCCGGAAGAACAAGCGAAAGGAGCUCAGUGGGAGUUCCGACGCGGUGCUCACGGGGAGUCGGAAGGGACAGCGAGAUGGAUCGGCGGCGUACGCCGGCGAUGGCCGCGCCGAGUUGGACGGCGAGGUGGGUGAAGACGAGCGGAGUUCAGCGGAUGGUGGUGGUCAGUACGUGAUCAGGCACGAGAAGGGCGGGGAGAUGCAGAGGGUGCUGGAGAAGCAGGCCGAGCUCAUCGGGCAGUACGAGGCCGAGGAGAGAGCUCAGAGGGACUGGGAGAAGAAAUUCAACGACAACAGGAGUUCGCCCAAGGCCGACGUUGUGCAGGAAAAAUCAAGUGGCAAAACACUCUCCAUUGCCGGAAACACGUCAGAAGGAUCCGCCGGGCAGCGUCGUGAAGCCGGCGAGCAGCACGGCCGCGGCCGCGCACAGAAUGCUGCCAUUUCAGAGGCAAAUUCAGAAGGAUGCCCAAGCCACAACACGAGCUCUGGCACUUCCGGGCACAAGUCGAGCCCCUCGAGUGACACCCUCGUCAGCAAAGUCUCCGACUGGAGCUCGUCGCGCUUCCACGACCAGCUCGACACAGCGUCAUGCCAACAGUCAAGCAGCACCAAGGACAUCGAUGUGGAGAGCGUUCUUCAGGCUCUGCAGCGCGCCAGGAUCUCGCUGCAGCAGAAGCUGGGCAGGCCGCUCCCGCCCAGCCAGGUCACGCUGGCGCUCCCGGCGCCGGGGGACGAGUACCGCGCAGAAGAGGGUCUCUACCACGACGACGGCAGCAACUCGUACAGGGGCUCAAGUCCGUCUCGUCAGGAAAUGCUGGCUCUCCCGGCGCCGGAGGACUACCACAGCUGCAAUGACCAUGACCAUGGAAGUCUUGUCGAUGGCGCCGACAGUUCUUCGCUCACGGAGAAACGGAGCAGUCCGAGCACGCCUCGCCAGGAGAUCCUGGCCCUCCCGGCCCCGGGAGACGACGAGAGGGAGGACGACGUCGACGUGAAGAUCCCUGUCUGCAGCCCGGGCCUGUUCCGGUUGCCGACGUACUCGUUCCUGGAGGAGGACGAGAUGAUGCCAAGAAGUAAUGGCUGUGAUUUUGAGCUCGGAUUGAGACACCACGCCUACAGGGAUGAUGGUGAUGCAGGGGUUUCGGCAAAGCUGUUCUAUGAUCCCCAUGCUUCUGGUAGGUGCAGCGUUCCACCAAGCUCAGGUUUCACUAUAGGGGCCGCUUCUCUUCUUUCUGGAAUUCCAGAACUUCCCAAAGAUUUGAGGAGGGGAAGAUCUCUUGGAGAUGCUGAUCUGUUCAUGCAGCGCGCCUGCGAUUACACCGUCACUAAUAAGUGGAUGCUGUAGCGUGUGUUUGUUGAUGUGUAGCUAGUGUUGUUGGUCGACUUUUUUCUGUGGUCCGAUAACAAUGUUGUUGUGCAUGCUCUGCAGCGUUGUCAAGCACAACCAGGCAGCAUCAUCGGCAGUGAAGAUAAAGA